AUGAUUGAGGAAGCUUUCAACAAUCUCGACCAGGCGGUGCACUCCAACAUCUUUUGCAAGUUGCAUAACGCUCGUGAUACGGCAUCAAAGAGUGCCACCACCGCCAUCGAGAGAUGGUUUUCGCGCCCGAGAAAUGGUGGCUGCUGUAUGGCACAUUCCGCGCGGCGUUUCAGAGAUUUUAUCUCUCCCGGGUGGGAGAAGAUAUUUCCCGACCUCGUGACCAAGCAUCUCGUGCCCCUUGCCGACGGCAUGAUCAUGGAGCUACGUGCUUUCAGCAAUCUCCCAGCCGAGCGUCUCAACAAGCUGCCGGUGUUUUUUGCGGUGAGGCACCAGAUGACUCUCCUAGAGGGAAUCCUCCAGGACGUGCCGAAACUGAGCAAGCGCCUCAACGAUACACAAAAGUCUGCCAGUCGCAUGAUCGUCUCGACCAUCACGCAGAAUAUGAUACCAGCAUACCAAGCUUGCAAAGAGGAGAAAGGGUGCUUUAGACGGAUGAAAGAGCUGAUGACCACACAUUUUGAGACGAGACGGGACCCGAUGUUCAGAGCCGCAACUAAGAAAGUCGAGAAGACUUUGCUCGAGGGCUUGCGCGACUGCAGGGAGAGGGCUAUCGGAAAGGGCAGAGGGGUCGUUACGAAGACCGGCAGAGAAUUCAAGCGUGUGCUCUAUGUGGAGCACAGAAUCAAAGUCUCGGAGACUUCGAAGCGAGCCAUCGAAAACCUUCUGGCCACUGCCGAUCGAAGAUUCAAUGAGAUCCUGCAUGGCUCACCAUUGACACCAGGCACUGAGGUUCGGGAGAUGAACCGCUUGGCUGAGAAUGACGAUGGGUUUGAUCCAGCUCAGGACGAGCACCUGACAACUCCACCUGCUCAUGGAGAUGCUGAUUCUUCUGACGAACAUGAUGAUGCAGAGGUCCAGGAUCAAGAGAUGCACGAUCUUCCAGUGAAGAACGAGGAGCAUGAUGAGGAGUGA